UGGCAAGGCUGGUGGUUUGCUGGUGCCAACUUGUCUGCAUGAAGUGUGCAGAGGAGGGCAGUGUCCAUGGAGAAUGCUGGGAAAUGGUGGUGGUAAGGGCAGAGGUGGAUGAGGAUUCAGAGAAGCAACUGGUGAGAGUUGUGUCUCAGAGGUGUGUCUUAACAUCUCUGAACGGGUUGCUUAACAUAACUAUUAUUCAGCAAAACAGCAUGACUCUCUUUGUGAUGACUGGACAGAAUUGAGGUAGGAAGGACUGAUUAAUGUUCAACAUGCGGUUAUCUUAAUGCUGAAACAGAAGAGUGUUACCCAGUGAUAGGGCAUUGGGGUCCCACCCAGCCCAAAAAGAUUCAGCCAAUGACAUUGGGAUUUACCUUUGGGGAAGAGCCCUGAUGCAGGCUAUAAAAUUAGACACAAACUGAGGAUCAGCACAGCUUUUUUGUGUAAGGGAAAGCAGUGACCUCUCAACAGACAAAAUGGUGCACUGGACUGACGUGGAGAGAAACGAAAUCGAAGGCCAAUGGAAGAAACUGGACAAGGUUACAAUUGUUCAUGAAAGCCUGGACAGGAUGUUCCAUGUCUUUCCUUGGACCAAACGUUAUUUCGAUAAACGGCCAAACUUUGUAGUUCAUGAACAUGCGAAAACAGUGUCAGAUGCUCUGACUACAGCUGUCAACCAUAUGGAUAAAGUUAAGGAGCAGUUUGCAGAACUCAGCAAGAAGCAUGCUGACGUUCUACACAUUGAUUCUGGAAGCUUCCAUUUGCUGACUGACUGCAUUCUCAUCUCAAUGGCCUGUCACAAAAAGACAGGCUUCAGUCCUGAGGUCCAAUGCACUUGGGAGAAAUUUUUUAAUGUGGUGGUUGAUGCCAUUUCGAAGCAGUACCAUUAAAUCCGCAAUGAAAGAAACCUUUCAUCUUCCAUCAAGAAAUGCAAUUCAUCAUUAUCAAAAGCUCUCAGCUCUUAAGGAAUUGUCUCACAGCUUAUGCUAAAAUAAAGCUGAUGAAUUUUUGAAAAUAAUGCUCCUUUCUGUAUCCUAAUUCUAAUGUAAUUUCUGAAACUAUCUCCAUGCGUUUUCCUCCCAUUGCUUAGAAAUCCAAUAAAGAAUCAAUAUUACCUUA